UGAGAGAGAGAGAGAGGAGAGAGAGAGAGAGAGAGAGAGAGAGAGAAGGAAGGGAGGAUGCAACCAAUGCAGCGAGGCAGCAGUUUACCACAAGCGUGAACCUGCCAGUGCGAGGAGCGACAGAGCGCAGAAAGAGAGGGAGAGGGGAGGGAGAGGUCUUUUUACUUCAGUCUAGCAGUGUAUUUUAAUUCUUCACUAGACUCCACCUUACUGCUCUCACCGGACACAACCUCCUCUCAGAGAACAAAGGCAAAGCUGACUGCUUCCAGUCCAAGAAUGCUGAUGAGGAGACCUGCGUGGGGGUGAAAAUUGAACAGUCCAGAGCUCUAGGCAGUAGCCCAGCGAGUAACAACAGCAACUCACCCAGCGUGCAGGCGUGUCUCAGUCGGGUGUGGGGUGGGACGACUGACAAGAGCAGGAGAGGGGUCAAUGGAAAAAGCUCUAGCUCCAGGCCUCGUCUGCCGUCCAAACCACAAGUGCCUCCAAAGCCACCACAUCUCCAGAGCCCGGUAACGGAGCUCUCGUCCCCGUUGGGCCACUUCCAGAAACCUCCACUCAGACCGGGCAUGGAGGAGGGAGGAGGGGUGGGGAGAGGAGGAGGAGGAGGAGGAGGAGGAAGAGGAAGAGGGGUCGUGAACCGGGAGAAACCAUCCAAAGUCUUAGACCUCAUCAACCGCUUUGAGGAGAACAGCAGCACAGAGCACAAAAGAGACGGCUCUCCGCUCAAACAGAUCAGCAAGUCGUCCAACGGCAGCCCGGCUCACCGCGCCUACCAAAAGCAGACGGAGACCAACAGGACUCCGGAGGACCACUCGUCCGUACCGACCUCGCCGCAGGAUGCCCACAAACCGGCGGCUAAUGGGGUGCUAGCUCAGAUGGAGCAGGACAAGAAAAAGGAGGAUAACCCGGAGAGGAACAAUGAAAGUGUGAGAGUAGUGACUGACGGGUUGCUUAACGGAGAUAUGGGGUGUGGGAGCACAGAACACAGUGAUGAUCAUUCAUCACCUCCACACACAGACAGGACUGGUACAGAAAGCUACACUGAGAAGGAGGACAGUGGGACGAAAAUAGAAAGCGAGCACAGGAACGAAGAAGGAAGCCCAGACCAUAAGGAAACAAAUGAACAGAAGCUGUUUAAGAUCGCCAACGAGCUCUUGCAAACAGAGAAGGCCUACGUAGCGAGACUUAACCUGCUCGACCAGGUGUUCUGCGCGAAGCUAAUGGAGGAGGCAAACAAAGGAACGUUUCCUGUGGACGUAGUGAAGAACAUCUUCUCCAACAUCGUCUCCAUCCACACCUUCCACAGCCAGUUUCUGCUUCCAGAUCUGGAGAAACGCAUGGGAGAAUGGGAGUCCACACCUCGCAUUGGAGACAUCCUCCAGAAACUCACACCUUUUCUCAAGAUGUACGCAGAGUACGUGAAGAAUUUCGAGAACGCCAUGGAGCUGCUCAAACAGUGGACUGAUCGCUCGCCUCAAUUCAAGGCCAUCAUUCAGGACAUACAGAGUCAAGAGGCCUGUGGAUGCCUGACGCUUCAGCAUCACAUGUUGGAGCCCGUGCAGCGAGUCCCUCGCUAUGAGAUGCUGCUUAAAGACUAUCUGAAGAAGCUGCCUCAGGGCGACCCUGACCGACGAGAUUCAGAGAAAUCGUUAGAAAUUAUCGCCACUGCGGCUACUCACUCCAACAGCGCCAUACGAAAAUCUGAGAAUCUGAAGAAGCUGAUGGAGAUAUACGAAAUGCUGGGUGAGGAGGAGGACAUCGUUAACCCCUCUAACGAGUUCAUCAAAGAAGGCCACAUCUUGAAGCUGGCGGCCAGGAACACCUCGGCCAUGGAGCGAUAUCUCUUCCUGUUCAACAACAUGCUGUUGUACUGCGUGCCCAAGUUCAGUCUGGGAGGGACGAAGUACACUGUGAGGACGCGGAUCGGCAUCGACGGCAUGAAGGUCCUGGAAACGACCAACGCGGACUACCCUCACACCUUCCAGGUCUCAGGGAAGGAGAGGAUGCUAGAGCUACAGGCCAGCUCAGAGCAGGACAAGGCAGGCUGGAUUAAGGCUUUCCACGAGACCAUUGAGAUCUUCCAGCAGAAAAACGAGUCAUUCAAGAAUGCACUGAAAGAUGUGGAGGAAGUGUCGAAUGCAGAGCUGGGGAAGCGCGCCCCUUGCUGGAUCCGCGACAAUCAAGUGACGCUGUGUAUGAAGUGUAAAGAGCCUUUCAACGCUCUGACACGGCGGAGACACCACUGCAGAGCCUGCGGCUAUGUGGUGUGCUGGAAAUGUUCGGACAAUAAGGUGCCGCUUGAAUACGAUGGCAACAAGAUGAACAAAGUGUGCAGAGACUGCUUCUCCAUCCUGACCGGAGAAAGCAUAGUCGAGGGCAAGAAGAAGGGCAUCCUGGAGAUCGAGGCGGCUCAGUUCACGGGCAGCAGCAUCAUGUGUGGCUUCCUGCAGUACUGUGAGAAGAAUAAACCUUGGCAGAAGGUGUGGUGCGUCAUCCCAGAGAAGGAGUGUCUGGUGCUCUAUCUCUACGGAGCUCCGCAGGACGUGAAGGCCCAGUGUACAAUCCCCCUCCUGGGCUACUCUGUGGAUGACAGCGCCCGGCCCACAGACCCCCCGGUCAGCUUCCGCCUCUCACAGUCCAAGUCCAUUCACAACUUUGCUGCUGAAACCGAGGAGCUUAAGCAGCGCUGGCUGAAAGUGAUUCGAGUGGCAGUGACGGGAGAGAUGCCAGACUGCUCGGAGACCAACGGCGGCAAUGCCAACACGAUGCACAACAACAACACACAAGAAGUGGGUACUGAUAGCUCAUAAGGGUGUGUUCUCUACAAGCAGAGUGCUGUUGGGUUGCUCAAGAAAGACAGGAUGUACAGAUGUGUUCUGUACACACACAAAUACAAAUGCACACACUCUCCACGCUGUCUUUGAAUCUUAAAGACGAGUAGAUAAGCUGCCCUACCUUGCCACUCUCCGGUUUGCCAAUAUUCUCAUGAACCCACACAAGAACGUUCGAUUCACUGCUAGAGCUGUGCUGGAUUACUAAAGGACAUGUCUGGUGCAAUCAACACUAGAGCAACGGCGCCUCAGGAUUGAUCGACUUCCCUCAAACAGGCACUAUGGAGGACAGCUCCAACUCAGUCUUCAUACACUUUUAAUCUCGGUCAGCUCCUCUUGAGCCAGUGCCAUGUACACGAUGGGAAUCAAAGCAAAAGUACAGUCCAAAAUAAGUCUGCUGGUGCUUGAACUCAACUCUGUGUACCUGUACAGUAUAAAUGUUUUUUCUUUUCUUUUCAAAAAGGAACUGUUGUGUUUUAAUGUACAGAGAUCAAUCCCAAACUUUGUUUUGAUAAUAUAGAAAACAUCUAAGUAUGAUGGUAUAAAGAAUGUUGAUGUUCUCGUCUCCUUCUCUCAUCCCUCAGUGAAAAUUCCCCAACUGUCUAAUGCUAAUCAAACGUUGAAUGCACAUUGGCUGAUCUGCCUGCUUUGCAAUUGGUCGCACCUGUCGUGUAGUGUUUUCAAUGAACAUGAAGGAACUCAUUUGUUAAUUAAACCAGAUUUAAAAAUAUAGUCAACAAAAGAUAGCAGAAAUCGAUUGUCCUUGAGGUUUUAUAUCGUAAUGGCAAUAGGUAUUGUGAUAUCAUACAUUUUCCAGAAAAACAUAUGAGAAACUAUUUAUAUAUAUAGUAACCAACUGUGAAUGUUUUUUAUUUAUGGAUCAUCAUUAAAAAAUGCCUGAACAACAUGGUGUCUUUAUACAUUGCAUGCAUAAUCGUAAAUCAUUAGUACAAUAAGCACGGUGCCUUAUCAUUAUGGCACACUUCCUAACAUUGUAACCAGAGUACAUAACGUACACCCCAGGCAAUUUAGCAUUGUCUCCAGUUAACAUGGAGGAACCCAGCAAUGUCAAAAUUGUCAGGGCAUUAAAUCUCGAGAUAAGCCACAGUUCAAAAAGAAGCAGAGAUACCGGUACAAUUCCCAUAAUGUAAAAAGCGACCUACAUUCCUCUCUGAAAAUACUCAUUCCUCCUGCAGAAAUAUAAAGUUCUCUCAAGAUAUGCCUAAAGAUGUCAUAGUGAUGUAAUUUUGUCAGACUUUAGAAAGCUCCCUGCAAAGCCACUAAAGACAUUAUAUGGUUCCCACAUCCUCCAUGACAAGUUUGUUGUAUUCAGUAUUUAGUUUUCCUCGGUAGAAAAAAAUAUAAGGUCACAAAUCUCUAUGGUCUCACAAUAUGUAUUGUCAUACAUCGGCCAACCCUAUGGCCCUGACCGUGCAGUUUAUAUUAAAACGGCACCCUGCAAUCAUGUGUAUUUGCAUAUGGCAUAAUAACUGAUGGAUGAUUGUUGUUCAUGUGCAAAACUGAGGAUGAAUGGUAAACGUUUGUCUAUCUACAGGGCAGUCAUGGACCUUUAUUCAUGUGGAGAGAGAUGAACGAGGAUCAUCAGGUUUUCUUUUUAGAUGCAAACGCGGAACAAUCAGAUAUAGCAAGCUGGUGCGAGACAUGUAAAUGUGUUUUUAAUGCUGUAAUUAAUUUUAUUUAAAGUAAUUUAUAGAGUAUUGACAAGCAUGAUUUGUUAAAAGUAGCACAAAUGUGUUCCCUGACUGUCAACUACAGAAGCGCAGCAGGUAGAUACUAUUUCUGUGAGCAAAUGUUUUUCCACUAACUCAUCCCACGUGUCACCUUGUGCUUGAGUGACAGACAGCGACCAGUCAUAGCACGUUUCGGUUUGCAGAGUUCCCCCUGUGCUCGAUGCUGGUGCUCACCCCUCUGAACUCAUUCCCAUCCUCAGUAUUCAAAAAAAAAAAAAAACAAGAGCACAAAACUUCCUCAUCUGUAAGAUCUGAAUUUACAUGUCAUUUUAUGUCCUGUCAUCCCCUCCCCAAAGAUUUGAGAAUCUACGCACUUUACAGAGUGUACCUUCAAAGAAAAUAAAAUGAGAUGAAAUAUGAAA